AUGGGAGCAGCAAGGGAACCAGGAAAUGAAGAGAAAGGCCACGGAGGGCUGACAGAAGCCGAGCUGGAUCUCAUUGAUACUACAGAUAAGAUCAAGGCUCGGUACAUCCUGGUUGUGCUGGGCAUGAGCGGAAUCGCCAUCCUGUACUCGCUGCGAGUCAACCUGUCGGUGGCCAUCGUGUCCAUGGUGAACAACACGGCCAUCUCCAGCGGCAGCUCCGGCAGCGACAACAACACCUAUGGGGAGGACACUUGCCCGCCAGCCGGCGGCGCCGAAGUGGUCUACCGCGAGGACGGCUCGUUCGUGUGGGACGAGGAGAUGCAGGGCAUGAUGCUGGCGGGCUUCUUCUACGGCUACACGGUGGGCCAGGUGCCGGGCGGGCUGCUCGCCGAGCGCUUCGGCGGCAAGCUGGUGUUCGGUCUGGGCGCGCUCGUGCCCGCCGUCCUCACCGUGGUCAGCCCCUUCACCGCCUGGGUCAACGAGUACUUCUUCUUCGCCAUGAGGAUCCUCGAGGGCCUCGUCGAGGGGGUGACUUUCCCAGCGAUACAGCUGAUGAUCUCCAAGUGGGCACCUCCACAAGAGCGCAGCCGCUUCUCCAUCAUCUACUCUGGCGGCUACCUGGGCACGGUGAUCACGAUGGCGCUGUCGGGCGUGAUGUGCGACAGCGAGGUGGGCUGGCCGCUUGUCUUCUACGUGUUCGGCGGCCUGGGCAUCCUUUGGAGUAUCCCCUGGUUCCUGUUCGCCUACGACACGCCAGCCAAGCACCCGCGCAUCGACCCCGCCGAGCGGCGAUUCAUCGAGGCUUCGCUGGGCAAGGUGCCCGCCAAGAGGAAGCUACCCAUCCCCUGGAAGAAGCUGCUGUCUACGCCCGGUCUAUGGGGGUGCGCCUCUAUGCACUUCGGCAUUGGGUGGACAUUCUUCGCGCUGCUCACAUGCGGGCCUACCUAUCUGGCCAACAUCCUGCAUUUCAACAUCUCCAGUAACGCCGCCCUGUCCGCGAUCCCCUACAUAAUGGGCGGCUCCGCCAGCGUCGUUUUCAGUUGGAUACUCGACUACCUGAUCAGCAACAAGAUUGUCUCCAAGAUGAACGGCUACCGCAUCUUCAAUGGAAUCACGAACGUGGGUCCGGCGCUUACGCUGAUCAUCAUCACAGCGGUGGGCUGCGAUCACGUGGCCAUCCUUGUGCUACUGGCCAUAAACGGUCUGUGCCUGGGAGCCCAGUACACCAGCAACUCCAUCAACCUGCUGGGCAUCGCGCCCAACUUCGCGGGCACCAUGCUCGGCAUCUCCAACACGUUCGCCAACGCCGCCGGUAUCCUGGCGCCAUACGCCGUCGGCUGGAUCACCAGCGGCAACCAAACGAGAACUGCGUGGAACACGGUGUUCUACGUGUCGGCGGGCAUCGGAGUGGCGACGUACCUCAUCUGGCUGGUUCUGGGCACGGACAAGGUGCAGCCCUGGAACGACCCUCCCCCAGAGGCGGUUCCUAAAGAGGCAGACAAACCAGGUGACCACGCUGCUGUCUUCGGCAAGGGCGUCGACGACAAGGGAUUCGACGGCGAAUACUGA